AUGGAAGAAGCAGUACAGGAUUCAGGAAGAAAGGACAUUAUAGCCGAGUUUCGUGUGAUGGCCUCAUCUUUGUCAAAAGAAAUGGGAAUGAUGGAAGCUCAGUUGAAGCGGUGGAAGGAAACAGCUCAUGAAACACUGUCUUUACGUGACAAAGCCCAAUCAUUAAAAGCUUCAUUAAUUACAAAGACACAUGAGCAAAAGAGCUUAGCAGAUAAAUGUGCUGAACAGUUGAUAGAGAUAAAGUCUUUUAAGGCAUUGAUUGAGAAGUUGCAGAAAGAAAAACUGGAACUGCAGAUCUUCUUAGACUUAGACUUGAUGGAAAUCAAAGAAUCAGAACGCAGAGCGUACUCACAAGCUGAAAUGUUCAAAAAUGCAAUAGAUGAACAUAGUCUAGAGUUGAGGGUGAAAGCAGCCAAUGAAGCUGAAGCUGUUUGUCAGCAAAGGCUUUCUGCUACUGAAGCUGAGAUAACUGAAUUAAGGGGCAAACUUGAUGCAUCUGAGAGGGAUGUUCUGGAGCUUACAGAGGCUAUUAGAAUUAAAGACAAGGAGGCAGAGGCUUAUAUAUCUGAAAUUGAGACCAUUGGUCAGGCAUAUGAAGAUAUGCAGACACAAAACCAGCAUCUGUUGCAGCAGGUGACUGAGAGGGAUGACUAUAAUAUCAAGCUCGUUUCUGAGAGUGUGAAGACAAAGCAAUCACAGAGCUUUCUACUCUCUGAUAAGCAGGCAUUGGUGAAACAACUUCAACAAGUAAACACAUCAGUAGAAUCUUUAAAAAUGAGAAUUUCCCAUGGUGAAGAGCAGAUGAAGGCUCUCCUGACAGAAGCCACAAAAACUACUGAGGAAGACAGACACCUUGCAGUCAACGUGGAAACUGCUAAGUGGGAAUUGGCUGAUGCUGAGAAGGAGUUGCAGUGGCUGAAAUCUGCUGUUUCCUCUUCUGAGAAGGAACAUGCUCAUAUUCAAAAGGAUAUCAAUGAUAUCGAAUUGGAAUUACACAUUGAGAGAAGCUCUAGGAAGAAUCUUGAGGAAGAGCUCAGGGAAUUGAACAGCAUGGUUGCUGAGAUGAGUUCUGAAACUGGAGAGGCUGCAAUACAGAAACUCCAAUCUGAAAUUAAAUUUUGCAAGAAUAUUUUGCAGUGCAGUGUUUGUACUGAUAGGCCAAAGGAGGUGGUAAUUGUGAAAUGCUAUCAUCUAUUUUGCAAUUAUUGCGUACAAAAAAAUCUAGAGAUUCGUCAUCGAAAAUGCCCUGCCUGUGGAACUCCAUUUGGCCAAAAUGACAUACGGUUUGUGAAGAUAUGA